AUGCCCGCUGCGGCUUGGAGAUUGCUUGAGGGAGGAGCAGACGUCUCGGAUCCUAUCUUCAGAUAUUUAGAUCCCAUGAAUUUGACGAGUGCGACCGUCGAUCUGAGACAUAAUGGAGGGAGGAAAAAAAGGAAAAAAUCCUACCUUGACUUCGACCUGAAGGAACGAGGCCUGAAAUGGAAACUUGACCGAAAAAAAUUAGUAACCAUAUGCUGUUUCAAACGUUUCAACAGCCACGACGAAGCUGCAGACGCCAUAACGGGCGUUGCAAACCUUUUCCCUGGUCGGAUAUGUUCGAAGGCGCCUGGGAUAUUGAAGGGUAAAGUAGAGAGCGUCUUUGUUAUCCAAAAAGUCAACGGCCACGUAGGUGAGGGGGGAGACGUCAAUCUCCUGAGAGAAUUUUCCGGCUACUGUAAGCACUCAUCGGGGUGGAGCGAUGGAGCCAUGAAAGAGAACGGAAGGGAAAUGGGGGAAAUGCAAGAAGGCAAAGUAGAAAAGAGGCACAAGUGUGGAAAGACCAGCUAUGCUUAG